CUUUUUUAAUUUUUAGUAAUUAAUAAAUAUUACUAUUAUUAUUCUUUCACUCACCUGCAACUUUCCCUUUUCUCUCUCUCUCUCUCAUGGCGGAGCUGUCCAGCGACUGCAAUUCUCUCAAUCAAGCUUCUUAAUUCCAGGUCGGAGCGAGCUCGUUACUCCGUCGUUGAACCGGAAAUGGCAACGAGGGGCUACAAACUGCAGGAAUUUGUUGCACAUGGAUCUGAUGUGACCUGUUUAAGCAUUGGCAAGAAGUCAUGCAGAGUCUUUAUUACUGGUGGUGAAGAUUGCAAGGUGAAUCUUUGGGCAGUUGGCAAUCCGAUGUCAAUACUGAGCCUGCCUGGCCAGACGGGUUCAGUCCGAUCGCUGACUUUUGAUUCAGCAGAGGUCUUAGUGCUUGCAGCAUCUUCUAAUGGUACAAUCAAGCUCUGGGAUCUCGAAGAGGCAAAGCUCAUCCGGUCAAUCACAGGGCACAAAUCCAAUUGCUCAGCUGUUGAAUUCCAUCCAUUUGGUGAAUUCUUUGCAUCUGGCUCUUCUGAUACUGAUCUUAAGAUCUGGGAUAUUAGAAAGAAGGGAUGUAUUCAUACUUACAAGGGGCACACACGGGGCAUCAGAACAAUUAGAUUUACCCCAGAUGGGCGAUGGGUAGUUACUGGUGGAGAUGAUCAUGUGGUGAAGUUAUGGGAUUUGACAGCUGGGAAGCUCCUGCAUGACUUUAAGUUCCAUAAUGGAACAAUCCGGUGCAUGGAUUUUCAUCCACAAGAGUUUCUUCUUGCAACAGGGUCAGCAGAUCGAACUGUAAAUUUCUGGGACUUGGAAACAUUUGAACUUAUUGGUUCAGCUGGACCUGAGGCUACAGGUGUGCGUUCCAUGGUCUUUCACCCUGAUGGAAAAACUUUAUUCUGUGGGUUAGAUGAAGCAUUAAAGGUUUUCUCCUGGGAACCCAUAAGAUCUCAUGAUUUUGUUGAUAUGGGCUGGUCCACGUUGGGGGAUCUCAGUAUAUAUGAAGGAAAACUUUUGGGUUGCUCCUAUCAUCAAAGUCGAAUUGGAGUGUGGGUCGCUGAUAUAUCGCUUAUUGGACCAUAUGCAGAUGGCAUCAUACCCAAGAAUAAUGGGCUUAUAGAUCCUGUAAAUAUUUAUGAGAAAGAUCAUCCUAUUAAACUUGAAAGCUGUACAAAUUCUAGUAUGAUAUUGGUUCCAGGACCUCCUGAUCAUGGAGGCAAAACUAAAGAGACAAUAAAAUGUUCAUUGAACUUAUCUAAUGUCUACAGCCAAGGAGUUCUGGAAAAGGAGCCUGUAAAGAUUUAUGAGAAAGAUCAUCCUAUUAAACUAGAAAGCUGUACAAAUUCUAGUAUGAUAGUGGUUCCAGGACCUCCUGAUUGUGGAGGGAAAACUAACGAUACAAUGAAAGGUUCAUUGAACUUAUCUAACGUCUGCAGCCAAGGAGUUUCGGAAAAGGAAGCUAUCUGUUCAACAAAAGCAACCCACUUACCUUCAACUGGAUUUGGAAGGAAUAAUGUCUCUAUGAGCUGUCAUAAUACUCCACAAAAGUUCAAUUCAAAAAUUUCUUCAAAAGUUCCGACCCUAAAUUCCACUGCUUUCAGCAUCAGUAAGACUACAGAAGUUCCUCCUGUUACACCGAACAAGAUGGAAUCCAGUUUAGCAUCUAGGGAAAAGCGGUUGGUUUCAAGUGCAUCCAGAGUAAAUAGUCGACGAUCUCUAAAGAAGGGCACUGUGGUGGAGUUGGAUGUUGUAAGUAAUACCAAAGCAACUGGUACAUCUGUUUCGUUACCUGUUUUUGUACCAAGAGAUCACCAAGAUUCAGAAAGUGUUGAUUGCUCAAGAAAAGUUACCAAUGCUACUGAAGUAAAAGUUCAUAGUACCACAUCUGGCAAGGUACAUCUCAUGCGGCAGCCAUCAUUUUGUGGUGAUAGAAGCGAUGGUCAACAUUUCAUGACUAGGUCCAGGCCUUCUAGUAGUUCAAGCACUGGCUCAGGAAGCGUGGACUCUAGUUCUGUCCUCAGGUUUGUGGUGAACGGUGGAACACUAAGCCCUGACAACUCGAACAGUACAGGGAUAGGAAAUGUUGCUAAGAAAUUUGAAAGAAUUACGUCACCGGAGCAGCCUGUACAAUUGCACAAGAAAAAAGAUGCUGAGCCACCAUGCUCCAGCUGUGAAACGAGCUCAGUAAAGUAUGUUAGAGGAGUUCCCGUUCAACUUGGUAGAACACGAUCUCUCGUAGAGACCUGGGAGAAGGGAGAACGACGUGACAGCAGUCACACUGCUGCAGUUAAUUCUUGCUCUGAGCAAAUAAAGACACUUGAAAACGCACCACCUGAAUCGACUGGAGAAACUCCUAUGACCACAAAAGAGAUAAAAGCAUAUGGGGAUUUUAGUUGUGAAGAUGUACUGCAAGGUCAUGAUGUAUUUAUAAACAAUGUAAAGUCUCGUCUAACAAAGUUACAGGUGGUGCGGCAUUUUUGGGAAUGUAAUGGCAUUAAAAGUGCAAUUGAUGCAGUGGUGAAAUUACCUGACUACUCUGUUCAGGUUGAUGUAAUUAGUGUUCUCCUGGAAAAAGUCGACCUCUUCACACUUGAUAUUUUCUCAUGCUUGCUGCCUCUGCUUUUAGGCUUACUAAACAGCAAAGCUGACAGGCAUGUUACUGUCUCCUUGGAACUGCUGUUUGAGCUCGUUAAAAGAUUUGGACAAAUUAUACAAUCAACCAUCUCAGCUUCUUCAUCAGUAGGAGUUGAUCUUCAGGCGGAGCAGAGAUUGGAGCGUUGUAAACAAUGUUACACGUAUUUGCUAAAGAUAAAGCAAAUUCUCUCCUUGCUUAUCAGGAAUGGUGGGUUGGUGGCAAAACCUGCUCAGAAACUAUAUGUAGCUCUGAGUGAUUUGUGACGGUGAAUGCGUUCCAACUAACCAUCCCCUACAGCUCAAAGUUCAAGUAUAUAAACCCAUAGUCCUAGCAAAGUUUUCGCCUCUUGAAAUCCUGAAGCUUAUUUUUCAAGAAGCUGUGUAUUGUCAAUUUUUGUAGCCAUCAUUAUAGGUAGCUUUGUUGUAACUUCUGUUAGACAAGUAUCAGUGAAAAAACUUCACUCUUUCUCCGGCUAUUCUAUCUUGUUCCUUGUGGCAAUUGUUGUCAUAUUUCUCAAGCAGUUACUAUGUAACACCCUGACGUUAUAUGAGUAAAUGUUUUAACCGAUUGUAUGCAAAGAGAGAUUCUUAAGCA